CCGUGCGCGCGCUACCAGGUUUGGAGCACAGUCUCUGCACGCUCUUGCUUGCUCGCUCAAGAUUCCGGGAGAUUUUAACUAAUUUGCAGGCAUCAGGGAGCCGCUAUCAAUAUGCGGGAGACUUCCGGGACACUUGGGAUGUCUUAUCAUUAAUUUGUGAGGUUCUCAUUGAGAAGACUGCUGUGAAAUUACUGGGAUUUAAGAAAAAGCUCAUUUCUACUUGUGUUCAAUCACUUCGCAGGAACAUUUGAGGAUCUUUGAGUGUUCAUCACCAACAACAAGGAGUGAAACGUAAUCGUCUGGCUGUCUUCACACAAUUAAUCACCACAGAGGGAUUUGUGCAGAAUGGACAAGAACAGAAUUCACUACUGCUCAGAGUGUGGAAAGAGUUUUUUAACUCCGCGUAUACUAAAAAUACACAUGCGCAUUCAUACAGGAGAGAAACCAUAUUGCUGUUCACAGUGUGGAUGGAGUUUUAGACAACUAAGUCAAUUAAAGACACACCAGCGCAUUCACACUGGAGAGAAGCCCUAUAGCUGCUCACACUGUGGAAAGAGUUUUACAGAUUCAAGUAACUUGAAUAAGCACCUGCGCAUUCACACUGGAGAGAAACCAUAUUGCUGUUCACAAUGUGGAUGGAGUUUUAGACAACUAGUUCAAUUAAAGACACAUCAGCGCAUUCACACAGGAGAAAAGCCAUAUCAGUGCUUAGAGUGUGGGACAAGUUUUGCAUACAGUCAGUCUCUAAAAAAACAUGAGCUCAUUCACACAGGAGAGAAGCCUCAUUGCUGCUCACACUGUGGGAAGAGUUGUAGAGACAAAGAGGUUUUAAAAAUUCACGAGCGCAUUCACACAGGACUGAAGCCAUAUCAGUGCUCACAAUGUGGGAAGAGUUUUACACAAUCAGGUACUUUAAAAAAUCAUGAGCGUAUUCACACUGGACUGAAGCCAUAUCAGUGCUCUUGUUGUUGGAAGAAUUUUAGACAUUUGAGUGGUUUAAAAAAGCACCAACGCAUCCAUGCAGGAGAGAAGCCAUAUCAGUGUUCACAGUGUGGAAAAAGUUUUACAAAUUCAUGUUAUUUGAAAAACCACCAGCGCAUUCACACUGGAGAGAAGCCCUAUAGCUGCUCACACUGUGGAAAGAGUUUUACACAGUCAAGUUCUUUGAAAGACCACCAGCGCAUUCACACUGGAGAGAAGCCCUAUAGCUGCUCACACUGCGGAAAGAGUUUUACAAAGUCAAGUUCUUUGAAAAUCCACCAGCGCAUUCACACUGGAGAGAAGCCCUAUAGCUGCUCACACUGUGGAAAAUGUUUUACAGAAUUAAGUUCUUUUACAAAGCACCAGCGCAUUCACACUGGAGUGAAACCGUAUUACUGCUCCCACUGUGGAAAGAGUUUUACAGGAUCAGAUUAUUUGACAAGUCAUCUGCGCACUCACACUGGAGAGAAGCCCUAUAGCUGCUCACACUGUGGAAAGAGUUUUACACUGUCACGUUCUUUGAAAAACCACCAGCGCAUUCACACUGGAGAGAAGCCUUUUAACUGCACACAUUGUGGAAAGAGUUUUACAGAUUCGUGUUAUUUGAAAAGGCAUCUGCGCAUUCAUGCUGGAGUGAAGCCCUAUAGCUGCUCACACUGUGGAAAGAGUUAUACACAGUCAAGUAAUUUGAAAAAGCACCUGCUCAUUCACACAGGGUGAAGCCAUAUGACUGCUCACUAUGUGGGAAGAGCUUUACAACUUCAUCUUAUUUGAAAAAGCACCAGUUUAUUCACACAGGAGUGAAGCCACAUUACUGUUCAUACUGUGGAAAGAGUUUAAAAUGUUCAUAUCAUUUGAAAAAAGC